UUAAGAAUUACCGCAAUGCUCCCACACAGGACUGUAGAAAGUAUAAAUAAGUUAUCAAUAUUCAUCAUUAAUAAUUAUUUCCUUUCAUUAUUUUUACAGCGAACACAUACCGUCACCAUCAUCUCCAUCUGCAGUACAUUGGUCUACCUCGCCUUCUUCCACGGCACCGUCAUCCACGAUUUAUUCAACCGUACCGAGGUCGACGACUUCGACGACUUCCAACCCGUGAACAAGGUCGAAAGAAGACGUACCCGGAAUAAGAGUUCGCUGCCAGCUUGGAGUUAUGAGCGGCGGAGAGACUCGGCAGAAACCAGCUUGAAACAACUUGCUCCAGAGCUUUUCAACGCCCUUCCCGAGCCGUUCUCGAGCAAGAUGAAAAAUCCGUGUUGGAACAUAGUGAAGAAGAAACCGAGACAGUGUCUUCCGUACUUUUACUUGAUUGGGAUGCCAAAGUGCGGCACCACGGAUCUGUGGAAUAAAUUAAUACGUCAUCCCUAUAUCGUGUACACGCAUAAGGAACCGCACUGGUGGAGUAGGACUAGAAUAGGUCAUGGCCAUGCAGUAACAAAGUUAAAAUCCGAUCCCGUGUCUUACUACACCCGCUAUGCUAAAGCUCUUGACAACUUUGCAAAAAGGGAGAGGCUCAACAGGACCAAGCUUGUCGUAGGGGACGGUUCAGCGUCGACCAUGUGGGAUAACAGGUCCUGGAGGCAUUACUAUCCUAACGCAACCCGCGGCCCUCCUCAUGUCAUUGGGGAAUUGAUUGAGGCGAUCCAGCCUGAAGCAUUGGCUAUUGCUAUCCUGAGAAACCCUACGGAUAGGUUAUACUCGGACUUCCUCUAUUUCACCAACACAAGUAUGCUCAAAUUAACACCUGAAUACUUCCACGAACGAGUGAAGACGAGCAUAGCCAAGUUCCAUGAGUGUACCAAAGACUUUGAUGUUCGUACAUGCACAUAUGAAACCCAGGGUAUAAAAGCUUAUGUGAGAUUGGAAGUCGGGUUGUACAGCAUUUACGUCGGUGAUUGGUUGUCAUUCUUUCCAAGAAAGAAAUUAAAAAUAGUCAAGAUGGCCGACUGGCAUCAGAAAUGCACCAAAACACUUGCAGAACUCUAUCAUUUCUUAGCAUUAGAACCGCUUAAGAUUCCAUCCUUGAUCAAGAUUUGCCGAGACGAGGCAGAGAAUGCUCGCUCUCCAGAGAAAAUAAGUAUUGGUCCAAUGCUACCCGAGACGAGACAAUUACUAAACGACUUUUACUCUCCUUAUAACCUCGAACUUGCCCGUAUGUUAGGAGAUGACCGGUUUCUGUGGAACGAUGAGAACGCGGGGAGCAGCGAAGAAUCAGUGCCGUGAAUCUUUCAGACUUGUAACCAUGGUUACGCCUUUAUGUCAAGAACUCAAGAUCGGGAAUCGUGUGCAAAAAAUUCUAAACAAGUCAUUUCUGACUCUUAUGAAUGUCAAUUAUCUGGUCAUAGAAUAAGGAUGUGAUGGAAUAAUUGUGAACACAGACGCUGCCAACUAGGCCUAUAUUAUCGGAUCAGGAAAGAUACUCUUCAUGUCGGCUGCCUCUUUUCUUGGAAGAUAUUUUUAUGAUGUUUUAUUAACUAAAUUGAAAGAUGAUGUAUAGAUCUAUUACAGAUACUUAAGAGGUAAUAUUUAUUUUCUGAAGUCGGUCUUCCAAACCUGAUGGGCUUAAUGCAUGCAGAGUUGCAGACAAAAUAUUCUUCGUCAUCAGCAUGAUUUUAUUCGAUAUUUUUAAAGCAGUACGGGAAUUAGUCUUCUUUACUUUCGUUCACUUUGUACAUAAUUAUGCUUGCCUUUGGAAUGUCAAUUGAACAUUGUAACGUCUUAGUUUGCUUCGUCAUUUUUUUAACAUUUGAAAUUGUUGAUAUCAUGGAAGUAUAUGCCUUAGUAUCUAAGGUUAGGAUAUAUAGAGAUUUGAAUGUCUCUGUUGUUUGUCUUUCUCGUUUAUCAUGUGUUUCCUACGGUGGGGCAAAAACAAUAUUUGUAGAAUAUCGGUUUUAUAUGUUCUAUUUUAAAUAUUGUAUAAGAAUUAGCGUUUCGCGAUUCUGUCGUUCCUGUGGAGGGUUUAAAUUAAGCCUUUGGAAAUAUUACAUGUAUAUUAACAACAAAAAGAAAGAUACGAGGUACAUUUAUUUAUAUAACUAAUACGGAGUCGGUUAGAAUUCGGUUUAGAGUCGGGUCGGCGGUGUGAAUGAAAUAAUUAACAACCUGGUCACACGGCCACAAGACAGACGAUCGACCAAAAUAUAAGAUUACGAACUCCAACUUGUAAUCGCUACAUGUAUGGGGAUUUCAAAAUGACCGAAUCGGUAGUGUCACUGUUACGUAGUGGCAGACUACUUGUCCUUUUGUUCCAACACACCAAAUUAAUACCAAAUUAAUUUUGUCAAAAUGUAUAACUCAAUUACUUAGGAGAAGCUUUCCUUUUUAGAGGUCAUGUAUUGAUAUGCUAUCCAUAAAAUAUGUUACUAGGGUGCCCAAGGAAAGAGCUGCAUGAAGAGAAAAAACAGAUAUUAAUGAUAUGUUUGUAAACGACAAACGGGAGUGUAUAGUCCGUGCAUACGUCUUAUAAUUGGUCGGAUUUAUUUCAAACUCCGCAAUUCAGGUCUACUUAUAAUUCCACUAUCAAACAAAUUAACUCAUUGCAAGGGUCGGAUUGCCCUUUAAGGUAAUGUAAUAUUUUGUUCGGUCUGUAGUCGGUCUAUAGUCGGCCUCGUCGGUGUGACUGCUGGUAGUUCGGAGGACUCGGUUGUGAUUUUGAUUUUGUCGGUUAGUCGUAGUUUCCACCUAAGUUAUGUUUUUUUUUCUUACGUUACAUAAUUAUUACGCGAUUAUAUAUUUUGACUAUAUGUAAUUUAUAUCGAGUUGUAUAAGUUUGUUUGUAAAAAGCUCAGUGCUUUCGUAUUUGUUUUUGGCAUUUUUCUGCUUUACGUUUGAAGGCUUCUCGUCUGCCGAUGAAAUAGAGAAAACUAAAACAAUACCGACAGCGCUGCAAUGGUUACUUUUACUGUGAUUCUGUAUACAAUAAAAAGCAAGGGAAAGAAAA